UCACUCACUCCGAUUGGUUAGAGGUCUAGCCGCGCCCCCUCGGACUUGCAGCCCCGCCCACCUCGCUCACUCUGAUUGGUUUGAGGACCAGCAGCUUUCGCUAGGUCUUCCAGCCCGGCCCACCCCAUUCACUCUGAUUGGUUGGAGGUCCGCCGCCGCCCGGAAAACGGUCCUCCAGCCCCGCCCUCAAGCUGCCGUCAAUCACCCGGGUUCACCUCGCCCUUCUGUUGCUCUACUGCUCGUUGCGUCAUCAGUGUGCGCCCUGGAGCGGAAGUCUGUCUCAGCUGUCGACCUGAAGUCAGGUGGAGGAGAGAGAAAAAAAAGGAAGAAAGCUGGAAAUGGAUGAAAGAAAUGGAUAUUAGAACAAAGGAUUUAAAGAUGCAAGACUCAAGCCAGAGAUAGCAGAACUGGAGAUGCUGGAGAAUCUGAGAUAACAAGGUGUAGAGCUGGAUGAACACAGCAGGCCAAGCAGCAUCAGAGGAGCAGGAAGGCUGACGUUUCGGGCCUAGACCCUUCUUCAGAUUCAAGCCAAUCCUUCCUCCAGGAUCUGGUUGUUGCACUCAGUUAAUCAGGGCCUGAAUGUCCCAGAAUCUGAAUGUGGAAGGAAAGCUGUUUGCCCUGUCUAUGGGGAACAUCCGUGAAACCAGAAGAGCACUGAGAUACGCAGUGAGAGUAGGUAAAGUUUUUGCCCAUUACGCAGCUUGAAGUAAUUACCCCAUUUGCAGUCACAAGGCGAGUACAUGUGUGUUCCGUGCGUGGACAACUCAUUAUCCAACAGGGAGAGUCACAAGGACGUCUGCGAGAUGGAGAAACCGUGGAAAUGUGGGGACUGUGGGAAGGGCUUCAAUUACCCCUCUCAAUUGGAUAUCCAUCGACGCAGGCACACUGGAGAGAGGCCAUUCACGUGCACCCAGUGUGGGAAAAGGUUUGCUUAUUCAUCCAGCCUCUAUUUACACCAGAGGGUACAUAUUCGCAAGAAGCCAUUUGCCAGCCUUGGUUGUCGGGAACAAUGUGAUGCUUCAUCAAGCCUCCUGAUUGACCGGGUUCAUUCUGAGCAGAGGCCUUUUAAAUGUUCUGACUGUGAGAAGAGCUUUAAAAGCAAACAGGAGCUGCUGAGACACAAACGCACUCACACAGGGGUAAGACCUUAUACUUGUUCCCUUUGUGGAAAAGGAUUCACUCAGUCAUCCUACCUUCUGACACACCAGCUUGUUCACACUGAUGAGAGACCAUUCUCGUGUUCUGACUGUGGGAAGUGUUUUAAAAGUAAAAAUGAUUUGCAAUUCCAUCAACGCAUUCACACCGGGGAGAGGCCGUUCUCUUGCUCCCUGUGUGAGAGGAGAUUCAGACGUUUAUCCCAACUGCAGACACACCAGCGAGUUCACACUGAGAAGAGACCUUUUAAAUGUUCCAACUGUGAGAAGAGCUUUAAAAGCAAGCAGGAUCUGUCGACACACCAGCGGGUUCACACAGGGGAGAGGCCAUUCACCUGUUCCGUGUGUGGAAAGAGAUUCACCCGAUCGUCCAAUCGUCUGAGACAUCAGCGAGUCCACACUGGGGAGAGGCCAUUCACCUGCUAUGUGUGUGGGAAAGGAUUCACUGAUUCUCCACAGCUUCUGAUACACCAGCGAAUUCACACCGGAGAGAGACCGUUCACUUGCUCCAUAUGUGGGAGGGGAUUCACUCAGCCAUCCCAGCUUGCUGAACAUCAGCAUGUUCACAGCGAUCAGCGACCGUUCAAAUGUUCUGACUGCGAGAAAUGCUUUAAAAGCCGAAAAUAUCUGCUAAUGCACCGGCAGGUUCACACUGGGGAGAGACCGUUUGCCUGCUUGGUGUGUGGGAAGAGAUUCACUCAGUCAUCCCACCUGUUGAGACACCAGCAGCUUCACACCGGGGAGAGGCCGUUCACUUGCUCUCAGUGUGGGAGGAGAUUUGCUCGGUUAUCCAACUUGCUGAGACACCAGAGAGUUCACAAGUGUUCACUGGGGCUGAAUUCCUCUGUCAAUCCCAUCCAGGACUGAGCCAUGUUCAUUUAGACAGUUGAGACUGCCUUAGCUGCUGUAAACCUUCCUUGUAACUGGUCUGGUGUUCAACGUGCUGGGUACAGACUGAAUAAAUAUUGAUGGGAAAUCUUCAA